UGGUUAGCAGGAAGAAGAUGAGCCUUAAGUCUGAACGCCGAGGAAUUCAUGUGGAUCAAUCAGAACUCCUGUGCAAGAAAGGCUGUGGUUACUAUGGCAACCCUGCUUGGCAGGGCUUCUGCUCCAAGUGCUGGAGGGAGGAGUACCACAAAGCCAGGCAGAAGCAGAUUCAGGAGGACUGGGAACUGGCAGAGCGACUUCAGCGGGAAGAGGAAGAGGCCUUUGCCAGCAGUCAGAGCAACCAAGGGGCCCAAUCCCUCACAUUUUCCAAGUUUGAAGAAAAGAAAACCAAUGAGAAGACCCGCAAGGUUACCACAGUGAAGAAAUUCUUCAGUGCUUCUUCCAGAGUUGGAUCAAAGAAGGAAAUUCAGGAAGCAAAAGCUCCCAGUCCUUCUAUAAACCGGCAAACCAGCAUUGAAACGGAUAGAGUGUCUAAGGAGUUCAUAGAAUUUCUCAAGACCUUCCACAAGACAGGCCAAGAAAUCUAUAAACAGACCAAGCUGUUUAUGGAAGGAAUGCAUUACAAAAGGGAUUUAAGCAUUGAGGAACAGUCAGAGUGUACUCAGGAUUUUUACCAGAGUGUAGCUGAAAGAAUGCAGACUCGUGGAAAAGUGCCUCCAGAAAGAGUUGAGAAGAUAAUGGAUCAGAUUGAAAAGUACAUCAUGACUCGUCUCUAUAAAUAUGUGUUCUGUCCAGAAACUACUGAUGAUGAGAAGAAAGAUCUUGCUAUUCAAAAGAGAAUCAGAGCCCUGCACUGGGUUACACCUCAGAUGCUUUGUGUCCCUGUGAAUGAAGAAAUUCCAGAAGUGUCUGAUAUGGUAGUGAAAGCAAUUACAGAUAUCAUUGAAAUGGAUUCAAAGCGUGUGCCUCGAGAUAAGUUGGCCUGCAUCACCAAGUGCAGCAAGCACAUCUUUAAUGCCAUUAAGAUCACCAAGAAUGAGCCAGCUUCAGCGGAUGACUUCUUACCCACCCUCAUAUACAUUGUUUUGAAGGGCAACCCCCCACGCCUUCAAUCCAAUAUCCAGUAUAUCACCCGCUUCUGCAAUCCAAGCCGACUGAUGACUGGAGAGGAUGGCUACUAUUUCACCAAUCUGUGCUGUGCUGUGGCUUUCAUUGAGAAAUUAGAUGCCCAGUCUUUGAAUUUAAGUCAGGAAGAUUUUGAUCGCUAUAUGUCUGGCCAGACCUCCCCCAGGAAACAAGAAUCUGAGAACUGGUCUCCUGAUGCUUGCUUAGGCGUUAAGCAAAUGUAUAAGAACUUGGAUCUUCUGUCUCAGCUGAAUGAACGACAGGAAAGGGUCAUGAAUGAAGCCAAGAAACUUGAAAAAGACCUAAUAGACUGGACAGAUGGAAUUGCAAGAGAAGUCCAAGACAUUGUUGAGAAAUACCCACUUGAAAUUAAGCCCCCAAGUCAACCAUUAGCAGCUAUUGACUCUGAAAAUGUUGAAAAUGAUAAACUUCCUCCACCAUUGCAACCUCAGGUUUAUGCAGGAUGAUCAAAAUUUACAUGGAUAGUAUUUAUUUGAGCCUAAAUUUAGGUAGCCCUUACUACAGUCCACUGAUUGGGAUCUAGGAUAUAAUUUAAUUGCUUAUAAAUGUCGGAGCAUUUUUAAAGGUACAGUUUUUGGGGAUUGUUUUUUGUUUUUUUUCCUGGCACGGGAAGCUUAAUUAAUAAUAAAAUACUAUUUAUUUGAGUUACUGAAGUAUAUUCAUUUAAGACAUGUGAAAAUUUUGUCUCAAUCUUUUUUUUCCCUCCAUGAUUUUCCUGUGUGCUUCCUCUGUGGCAUUCGUUGUGGUUUGAUUUGGGGUAAAUAAUUGCCUUUAAAGGAUAACACAAAUAAAUGCUACAAAGUGUAUGUUUAAGGAAAUUCAAUGGUACCACCAUUCCACAGUUUGAAAUAAUUUUGUAAUUGUAAAAUAGAAGAUAUAUUGAUAAGUAAAUAUGUAAAAUUGUAAAUAUGUAAAAAAAAAAAAAAAACAAUGGUGUCUGCUGUGCAUGGCAUUUUAUAUGUUACUUUUUUCGUUUAAAAUGAAGUAUAUUGAAUGUUUACUUUUAGCACCAUUUUAUUUGGUUUAUCCCCACUAAAAUGAACCUAGAAGUGUUUAAACUACUUCCCUAAAAUGUGGACUCCAUUUUUAAAAAUAUGUUAGCCCUAACUUUGAGGUUCUAUAUAGUCAGAGACUGACACCAUUAUUCAGAAUAAUUUUUAGGUCACAGAAAAUUGCUAUUUAAUAUAGUCAAAGGAUGAUUUUAAACCAUGCUUCUACCAUCUUUUCCCCACAUCCAUUUAGCAAAUCUAAAUCUUUUUUGAGUUCUUUGGUGAGAGGGAGCUAACCCUGGGUCUGGGAUGGAAAACAGGAGAAUGAAUGGGACUCUAUGGUGAAAGCUGACGGGGGAAUUUCUCUGCUACAAAGAACAGGGGAUGCCUUGCAGUUUCCAUAGUGUACUUCUGACUUUAUGAAGCCCAGCUCAUGUCAUAUAAACCUCUUGCAGAGUUUUCAGUCUCGAUUCUAGUGACAUUAGUGGUUCAGGGAUUUUUUGGAGGGUAGGGGGAUACCCUGUGCAUCGUAGGAUGGUUAGCAGCAUCCCUGCCCUCUUAUACCCACUAGAUGCCAGUAACAUUCCUGCCACUGCUGUGAAAAAAACAUCUCCAGACUUUGUCAAAUGUUUCUUGGGGCAAAAACCUCCAGUUAAGAACCACUGAUCUCUUUUAUUAGCUAGAGAGUUAUUCUCCUGGUUAUUAAUAUGAUAGAACCAAAGAAUAUUGCAUUAAAUGCAAAAUAAAGUGUUAACUAAGUAAGUAAAAUGUCUCAUUCAGUGAGGCUGUAUAGCUACCUGCAUUAUGAACCUUUUCUAAUCCUAAUGGAACCUUUCAUAACCAAAAUAUACUAUUGAUGAUUUUUCUUCCAAUCAGUGACUUCAGAUUGUACAGGUAUACUUGUGAAACCAUGAGUGAUUCCCCAGGGCACCAUUCUUGAAGUGUCACUUUGCACAAGCAGUUGAGAAAGGUUCUCUUGCUUUUCCAGUAUCUUCCUCAGGGUAUACCACAAAAUUAUAGAGUAGUAAUUUGGAAAUAAAACUAGGGUAAAUAUAAAACUUUAAAAAAAUCUUUUAUUUAAAUUUAUAUAUGAAAUAUAUCAAGCCUGACACAUCUCAUGUCAUAAAGCACUGAAGACAUGAAGCAGUUAACCAACUCAGCUGGUCAACAAACUCACAUGGAAGGUAAGAGUUACUAUCAAAUGCCAGUGAGAAUCUUCUUUUAGAAUAACCUGGGCCCAAAUAGUCUUAUUAUCUGUGUAAUUUCUAGGUGCUAAUCCAGGUAUGCAUAGUCUUAAUUCUCCUGGAAAUACAUAGUUCUUUUAGUGUUGUACAUUAUGUUUGGUAAACUGUACAGAUCAACCUCCCACAAAAACUGACUUCUUUGGGUCUCUUACGUAUCUUUAAAGUAGGUUGUUGAAUUGAUUUUCUUGUAGAUGCCUCAUAUUGGUCGAUUCUUUAGAUAUGGACUCCUGGCCGUAUGUUGAGACUUCUGUUUCUCUUAAGUCAGCAUCAAUACAAUGUCCAGAUUUUCUGUUCUCUCAACAAGAACGUGUUGGUAUGUUAUGUAUGUCAAUGUGAUUGGAAUAAACCUUGGGACAGAAGUCUUUACUAAUAAAGUUUCACAAUUCAUCCCUCUUCCAAA